AUGGCCAACCGAUGGGAUGAAGCUCCGCCACCAGUUCCCCUCGUUCCCCUUCCCGAUGUGGUGGAGCCUUAUGUGACAAGGAAUGCAGACUUUGAGAACCUCAAGGCAAGCUUCAAUAGGCACAUGCUGGAUGCCCGGUGGGACCCAGCAAUAUGCCUUAAAUGCAACAGGGACAACCUGUCCCAAGCGGCGUCACAGCGGUUAAUACUUGCGGUCAGCAGAGUGUUGGAAGCCAACAACGUAGCCCUCCUCGUCUAUGAUGUGCGCUGGCAUGGAGGCAAGGUUAGCAAUAAAGCAGGCAUCCUUGGCGAGUGGACUGUUCAUGUCCUCCCAGCAUACCCACACCGCAGGAACUCACUGCGGUAUGAUGACUGCCAGCUGUAUUCAAGAUUAAAGAAGUAUGUUGGGACCGGAAAAUUUGGGGCCAACAUCAAGUGUGUGACAGAGGCUGGAUGGGGGCCAAAGUCAUACGUGCCAAUGACACGAGCCCCAACACAGUUUGAGCUGGAGAGUAUGCUUGCGGCUCCGGCGCCCACAGACCACGUCUUCUGCUAUGCUCAUAGGGGAGAUGUGUAUGGCCAUAAUGGCUUCACUAUACGCAUGGAAAGAGGAGUUUGCCCAGUUUGCCAACCUGUGUGGUGACUGCCCUUGAUUCUACAUUUCUCGACAUUUCUACUGUUAAAUUUUGACAUGAGCAUUAGUUAGCUACAUUAGUUUUAAUUCUUUUGAAAGAGGAGUUUGCCCAGUUUGCCAACCGGGGUGGUGACUGCCCCUGAUUCUACAUUUCUAAUGUUAUAUUUUGACAUGAGCAUUAGUUAGCUACAUUAGUUUUAAUUCUUUGAAAGAGGACUAC